GGUUUUAUACUUGCAACAGAACCAUGGGUGAAAAAUCAUUGGUGUCUCAUUCUCUGGAAACUCGCUGGAAUGGUAUGUCUGGAUCCUCACAGAGAGGUUAUCCCAGAAGAGAAGCGAUGGCGUUGGGAAGAGGUCAUCCGUCAACUAUUGUACAGAUACGAACGCGAGCUCAAUGGCGGUAGCCGGCCACCGUUUCGGCAAAUAGUCGCGCGAGAUGCGCCAGCAGCAUUUCCUCUCGUCCUCUGUGUAUCUGGUGUGUCCUGGUCUGAACCUGGAGUCACGGAGGAUGGUCUACCGAUUGAACCUCAUCCUGAACUUGAAGUUACCGACGGCUGGUAUAGACUACGCGCGCAGGUUGAUCGACCAAUGGCUAGAGCCAUCCGAAAGGGAACAAUUAAAAUUGGCAGGAAGAUUGGCGUUGCUGGUGCUCGACUUUCCUCUGAAAGGAAAGACCCGAUGGAGAUUUUGGAGGCUUACAAUUCAACCAAACUAGUUAUAUCUGGGAACUCAUCUCAUUUAGUUCCCUGGCACACAAAAUUAGGAUUUCAACGAGGUCCUUGUGUGUCUACGCUUCACUCGUUAACGGCUGAUGGAGGCGUGGUGGCCGCAAUGGACUUGAUAAUAAUAAAGAUGUACCCCAUAGCGUUUGUUGAGUUCUUUGAGGAUGAAGACGGGCAGAAGCGUCGAGAAGGUCCGAGAAAUGAAAUCGAAGAAGCACAAGUGAAUGAGAAAUGGGUGGUAUGUUUUCUUCUGGGAGAAAUGGAAUUCUGUAGGCGACGCGAAAUCGAGGCUUCCAAGUUACGAGGCGAAUUGGAGAAAAAGACUUCUCGCUACGAGAGUUACAUUGAUCGCCUGGAAAGGAAGGCAGAUAAGAUAGACGACCUCUACGAUCAGCUCGAGGAACCCACUGAUGCCGCUGGUGUUCUGGCGCGAAUAAGCCCUGGCGAUGCUGGCUGGCUGGCGAAGCAUAUUCGUCGGCGAAUUGAAAGUGAUCAAGAACGAAUAGGAGAAGAAAUCGAGCAAGAGCUUCGGGCAAGCAGACGUCCAGUUCUACGUGUCCAUAUACUAACUUUCAUGCAGACCAAUUGCCCUGCUCGCGAUGUCCGCAGCUUCCGAAUUCUGAUCGUCAAGGACGCCCGCACGGAUAGGAGGCCGGCCAAUCGUACCGCUCAACUAACAGUUUGGGACGUUCUCAAUCUAAGCCUCUCAGAGGGAAGUGCCGCGGGCACCUUUGAGUUGGGAAAGAGAUACCUCGUGACAAAUGUGAUACCCACCCAGCCGAACGCAUGGAUGGACUGCGAACCAGGUUCCGAGGUGUACUUGAGCACGAGGCGAGAUAGUAGAUGGACGGCCAUC